UUGCAGGGAUUCCUUCAUUCAAUCAAGUAGUUCUUAAUACAUAUAUCCCUCCAAAACCAAAGUGAAAAGAGCAGAAGCCUUCAAUGGAAACUAAAAAUGUUGCUCAUGUUAAGCGCGUAUAUGAGGAUUUUGAACCCUACUGCAAAUGGCAUGCAGACGAGGACCGUAGCAUUCUUGAAGUCUAUCUACAGGAUUUCCAAAAGGAGCAACUAAAGGCUCAAUUAGUCAACAACCUGGUCCUAAGAAUCUUUGGAGAACGUCCUUUGGAUGAAACUAGAUGGAGCCGCUUCCAAAAAGAAAUCAAAGUAGCAAAGGAUUGUAUUACAAGUGAUAUUCACGCAAAGUUCGGUAACGGCGUUCUUACUGUAACAAUGCCUAAGAAAGUUCCUUCUGUUGCCCAACAAGAACAGCAGCUUUCACAAGCUAAAGAAUCUCAAGAGAUUGGAAAGCCAAAAACAGAAGUCAAAGAAAAAGAAAAUAAAGUGACUGAAAAACCUACAGUAUACGAAAGGGAAGGCACUGGGCUCAAGGCUCCAGAAAAUGCUUCAUUGGAUGGAACCAGCAAUAAAUUUAUAUCAAUUUCAAAGCUAAAACUGGGGAACAACAUGGCCGUGAAAGUCUUGGCGGUUGCUGUGGUGGUGGCUGUUGUAGCUUAUGUAACUUACAAGCCUUCUCAGGUUGACAACUAAAUCUUGUUGUAUACUUUCACCUUGCAUAAAAUAAACCCAGCUUUUUCUUAA